GCUAACCUCUAUCUUCUGCAUUAAACUCUCGUCUUCUUCAUUUCCUCCCUCUGCAUUAUAUAUAUACAUAUAAUAUAUCUUCCAUUUUGCCACAUAUAGUUGUUUUCUGCUAGCCUUCCUUUUUGAUUUUCCCACUGCCCAAAGAGAAGAAAGAAAGAAAGAAAGAAAAAAAAAAAUGCCUGCACCAGGAGGAAUUGCGCCGGCUGAGCCCGGCAGGGAAUACCCCGGUAAUCUUACCCCAUUCGUCACUGUAACAUGUAUCGUCGCCGCCAUGGGUGGACUGAUCUUUGGCUACGAUAUUGGGAUCUCAGGGGGAGUGACGUCAAUGAACUCGUUUCUGAAGGAAUUUUUCCCGGCGGUUUUCCGGAAAAAGGAAGAAGUAUCGUCGACUAACCAGUACUGUCAGUACGACAGUCCGACACUUACGUUGUUUACAUCAUCGCUGUAUCUGGCGGCGCUUGUGGCGUCGCUGGUUGCGGCGACGGUGACAAGAAAGUUCGGUCGGAAACUGUCGAUGCUGUUUGGGCGGCGUCCUGUUCUGCGCCGGUGCCAUCAUUAAUGGCUUCGCUAAAGCUGUUUGGAUGUUGAUUCUCGGCAGAAUUUUGUUGGGUUUUGGCAUCGGUUUUGCCAAUCAGGUAUUCUUUGUUUUAAUUCUAGUAAUUUGCAA